AGUUAAGCACCGGACUCAGGGUGACUACUCUUCGUGGACACGAUUCUCUUUUGGCUAAAACGACAACUCAGCGAAGUCGACACAAUGUUGGAUCGAUGCGAAAUGCCGAUCCAGCUGGACAACGAGAAGUUGCGGCGAGAUGUUCGACUGACGGGCUCUCGACUGGAUUUGCCACAACUCUGUAAUGGAUCCCGUCGGUUGGACGGCCACAACAACCAUGUGGCUGCCAAUGAGACCACGGUUACGACGACAUCCCUGAAUGGAAAUGGGAACGGCAAUGGCAACAGCAACAGCAACAACAACAACAACAACAACAUCGGAUCGCCCGUCUCCUCAUCGACAACAAACAGCAGUAAUGGCGGCAACGAGCGCGGCUCCUCCACAAAGUCCAAUAGCAGCAGUGGAAGUGGCAGCUCGGGAAACUCGGCCAGCAGCACGGGAAGUGGCGAGCUCAAGUGCAAUACGCCCAUGACGCCAUCUGAGCUGGUGAAGAAGUUCCGCAACUACCUAACCGAUCUUGAGUUUGAAGAGCUCAAGGUGUACAAGGAGGUGUGGUAUUUUGGCCAGCACGCCAGCAAGAACUACAACAAACCCGCCCCCACAGCCAAUACCACAAAUCUGGGCUAUGACGAUGAUAAUGGCAACUACAAGAUCAUCGAACACGAUCACAUAGCCUUUCGUUACGAGAUUCUGGAGGUAAUUGGCAAGGGCAGUUUUGGCCAGGUCAUCAGGGCGCUGGAUCACAAGACCAACACACACGUGGCCAUCAAGAUCAUAAGGAACAAGAAGCGCUUUCUCAACCAGGCCGUCGUCGAACUGAAUAUCCUCGAUGAGCUGCGCGAAAAGGACGCGGAUGGAUCUCACAAUGUCAUACACAUGCUCGACUAUACCUAUUUCCGCAAGCAUUUGUGCAUUACUUUUGAGCUUAUGAGCUUGAACCUGUACGAAUUGAUAAAGAAGAACAACUACAAUGGAUUCAGCAUGAGUCUCAUACGACGCUUCUGCAACUCGAUUGUGAAGUGCCUGCGUUUGCUCUAUAAGGAAAACAUUAUUCACUGUGAUCUCAAGCCGGAAAAUAUCUUGCUCAAACAGCGUGGUAGCAGCUCCAUUAAAGUCAUCGACUUUGGCAGCUCAUGCUACGUGGAUCGCAAAAUCUAUACGUACAUCCAAUCGAGGUUCUAUCGCUCCCCGGAGGUGAUUCUCGGCCUGCAAUACGGCACAGCCAUCGAUAUGUGGAGCUUGGGCUGCAUUCUGGCCGAGCUGUACACAGGAUUCCCGCUCUUCCCCGGCGAAAACGAAGUUGAGCAGUUAGCCUGCAUCAUGGAGGUGCUCGGUCUGCCGCCCAAGGUGCUCAUAUCGGUUGCCAGGCGACGUCGGCUGUUCUUUGAUUCCCGUGAUGCCCCGCGCUGCAUAACUAACACCAAGGGACGCAAACGGUCGCCAGGCAGCAAGUCGCUGGCACAUAUCUUGCACUGCCAGGACCGCUAUUUCAUCGACUUCCUGCAGCGUUGCUUGGAGUGGGAUCCUGCGGAGCGGAUGACGCCGGACGAGGCGGCCCACCACGAGUUUCUGCAGCCCUCUUCCUCCAGUCGCCAUCGCAGCUGCCGCAUGUCGAGCAGUUCGUCCAGUUCCGGACUCAACAGUGUUUCCCAGAAGUCUUCCUGCUACAGCUUUUCGGAGAUCUCGCCGGGCACCAACGGUCCCGUGGUGGCCUCGAUCACCAGCACCACGGCGGUGCAUAAUGCCGCGAUUGCCACCACAACCAAGUCGAGACAGCAGCCGCCAUCUCAGAGCCACGGCCAUGCCCAAUCGAAUGGACACCUGCCCGACAUCAAGUUGAGUGCCAGCGACAAGUACAACAGCAUGCAGAAGGUGGCGGUGCGCUCGAAGAUCACGUCCAGCGUCUCGGAUCUGGAGUCCGUGCAGCAGUACUCCCUGCACCGCAUCUACGGAGGAGUGGGUAGUGGCAGCACACACCACGUCUCGUCAGCGGCCACCAGGAAGCAUCUGCCCGGUACUGGCAGUGGAAUUGUGGGUGCCAUGUCUUCCAAAUACGGCAGCUCAACGUUGGCGCACAACCAUCACAAUGUGACGCACCACAAUGCAUCGACGGCCACCAUUGCCACGACCACGCACCACCAUCACCACCAUGGUGGGCAGCAGCAACAGCAGUCGUCGUCAGGAGCAUCCACCAUGGCCAUGUCGCACUCACAGUCCACUGGAGAUGUCUCCGACAGGGCCAUCUUUGGGAGAGCUUGACUUCGGGCAAGGCCCACCAAGCUGGAGCUGAAGAAGUGCAAGCUGGUGAACAUGAUGGACUUCUGGAGCUAGAAGUGGCGUCCACAGCACUGCGCUGAUGUU